UUGAUGGUCCAGUCACGGCGUUGACAAGGGCGAUGGGACGAUGAGGGAGACUAGUGGAGUCGGUAGCUACGCGUGACCGGAAGGAGUCGGUCAACUACGCACCCCACUCCCGUGAAAGGGGACUCACAUCCCCCCAACAGUCCACCGGUCUGCACCUUCGUCGCCAAUUAUAACGUUCUUCUUCUGCUUCGUCUUCUUCUUUCUUCUUCACAUCGGCCUCCGCGAAUCGAACCCUAGGAAUUACGAGUCAGCCCUCGGCGAGGAGGGAGGAGGAGGAAUAGACAUUUGCCGGGCUCCCCUUGCUUCUCCGCAGCGCUGCCUCCUCCUCCUCCUCCGGAUAUGACUCCGCAUCGGUUGAUCUCCCAGGAUUCUUAUGACAAAGUAUUCAUUGUUGGAGCUAGUUCACCUGUUAAGGAGAAUGGUUUUCUGGACACUGCAGAUAACCAGGAAAUGGAGAAGACCAUUGAUGAAUACAUGCAAGAAUCGCCGAUUAAGGCAACAGAUGACCAUCUUAUUGAGUUUGCAGGAGCCAUGAGAACUGUUGCAAAGGCACUAAGACGAGCUGCUGAGGCAAAAGCUGCUGCUCAAGAAGAGGCAGCCAAAUGGAAGCGUAAAUAUGAAUUUGAGAGGGCAAACAACUUGCGAAAUAGACAUGAAGUUCAUCCAUCUGAGAGUGAUCUACCCAACUCUGGAGUUGGAAUGCUUAAUACAUGUGAUGAAACAAAACCUGAUACUACCGCUGUUGAGCAAAGUGAAAGAUGCUGCAGGAAGCAUGGUAUUUGUUCGCAUGAAAUUCUUCAGGAUGAACCAACUGAUUCCAGCUCCAAACUCAUUGGUAGAAAGGUUGCAAGGAAGGCAUCAUUUAGGCUUUCAUGGGGAUGCAAUGGAGAAAAAAGUGGCCAGCAUAAGCAUGAAGUUGUCUCCUUCGAAAGAGGAGACAUAAUGACUGCAGAGCGCAGCAGUAAGCAGAUUUUGCUAAAAUGGGAAACUCAACCGAAGACUGUGUUUAUUUUAACAAAGCCUAAUUCACAAUCAGUCGGCGUCCUUUGUUCUGAAAUGAUCAGGUGGCUUAAGAACCAUAAGGAAAUUGAUGUUUUUGUUGAGCCUCAAGUGAGAUCAGAACUCUUGAGAGAAACCUCUUUCUUUGAAUUCGUCCAGACAUGGGGAAAUGAUGAGGAUAUAAAGCAGCUGCACUCAAAGGUUGAUCUAGUUGUAACACUUGGUGGUGAUGGAACCGUCCUUUGGGCAGCAUCACUAUUUAAAGGACCUGUUCCUCCUCUUGUGCCAUUUUCUCUAGGCUCUUUGGGAUUCAUGACACCUUUCCAAAGUGAAAAUUAUCGGGAUUGUUUGGAUAUGAUACUGAAGGGACCUUUUAGUAUCACUUUACGACAUCGACUCCAGUGUCAUGUCAUCCGAGAAGCAGCUAAAGAUGAAUUGGAUACUGAGGAACCCAUUCUAGUUCUAAAUGAAGUUACAAUUGACCGGGGCAUAUCAUCUUACCUUACCUUCCUUGAAUGUUAUUGUGACAGCUCCUUUGUUACAUGUGUACAAGGAGAUGGGCUGAUCUUGUCAACUACUUCUGGAAGCACAGCAUACUCAUUAGCAGCUGGAGGGUCAAUGGUCCACCCACAAGUUCCAGGGAUACUUUUCACUCCGAUCUGCCCACAUUCAUUAUCAUUUAGACCAUUGAUUUUUCCAGAGUAUGUGACGCUGCGGGUCCAAGUGCCUUUCAACAGUAGAGGAUCUGCCUGGGCAUCUUUUGACGGCAAGGGCAGGAAACAGUUAGCACCUGGUGAUGCUCUCAUUUGUAGCAUGGCAACUUGGCCUGUUCCCACAGCAUGCCAGGUCGAUUCCACCAAUGAUUUUCUUCGGAGUAUACAUGAAGGUCUUCACUGGAAUUUGAGAAAGAGUCAGUCAUUCGAUGGUCCCCGUGACUCAUAGCCCGAUCAUAAGGAUACCAUUAUGUGGUGAAGGCACCAGUGAUGAGGAGAAUUUUCACAGUGCUAAAUAACCACGGUUUUACCUGUAUUACUUCUACUCUGAGAUGUAACAACUUAUAUCAAUUGACUCUAGGUCACUAUAAUCAUCAUAUAGAAAUUGGAAAUGUAAGUAGCAGAACAGUUUCAUGGUAUAGAAAGCAAUGAAAUUUUAAGCUGCAUUUGAUGUGAUGUUUGUACUUUCUGCACCAACUUCACAAUAAACAAGCUUUAUUUUUACAGUUCA